GUGUGUUGCCCGAAGAGGAAAAAACAAAGUUGCUUCGGAUACAACUCCUUGAGGGAGCUUGCUCUACAACGUUACGUUCGCAAAGUCGCCGUCAAGAACUUUGAAGUGAUAAACAUGUACAAAAAGCUUUGGUUUUGCCUACUUAUCUCUGCCUUACUGCUCCUCGACCAAGUCAAAAGCUCCAAUGCAGUCCCUUGGGGAAGAAGAGAUUUAGCAGAAUGGAAUCUUUUAAAGGUGAUGACUUUCUUUAGAGCAAAGUUGGAUAAUUUAAAGAAAUUGCAUUUUUUUUGUAAACACACCUUUUUGAAAUUUUCACCCCCUUUGUCAAAAUUUCCUAAUUUCUUGCGCUUCAGAAUUCUCAUUUAGUGAUUAUUAUGAGAUCUUUCUUCAGUAAGGCGUCUUGGCGUCUUGGGCGUAAGGCGUACGUGUUCAGUUCGCUGUCGAAAGUCUGGUUGUGUGCAUUUCUAUAUUGCGUUUGACCGUUAAGUAGAUGAAAUAAAUGAAAUUCUAUACCAUAAAUUCUUUUAUUUAUCCUCGUUGGUAUUGGCAGCAAAGGCUGUAUUUAUAGCGCAAAGGCUAGUUUAGUCGAGCAACCAACUGGAACAAAUGAUACAAAUCAACAUAUCAGGGUUAAGAAUCCUGACUGGCUGGAGUCCUUAAACCAAAUGACUAUUUAGAAAUCCAGCGAGCGGUAGUAAACUCGUAUUACAAGUCCAGCUAAGCGCUCUAACCACUCGGUCACCCUUCCUCUUGUAAAAGUCUGCAGUAAACAUAUUUGAAUUGAAGCUUAAUAAACAGCAAAAAUUUUCGCGGUGUCUAUUGAACGAGCGGUUUCCUGACUUCUGAAGUUCUAAACAAUCUUCCAAGGAAUGUACAUAUCGAGAUUAAAUUGUUGCAAAAAUAAAUGUAAAGUGCUUUGCUACCUUGUUGUUUCUUGUAAAACAGAGAAUUGUUUUAAUGUAGCCAUUCACUCUACAAGCAGCUGUGAUGCAUUCUCCCUGAUACACUAUUAGCCUUAUGUCAUGUAAAUUUGGCCUUUCCCCUAAAGGUUUCUCAAGCUCUCGCUUCAACUAUCUAUGCUGCCUCUGAAUCCCGUUUUUUAGCUCAAACAGAGCAUUCAACAAACCACUCCUCGACGGAUCAACAACUGCUACAGUUUUUUCGUCCUUGUAGAGCGAAGAUAGCCAGCGGAGGUGCUGAUGCAUUUUCAACAUCUAUGCCUACUGGGAAGGAAGCGUUUCUUUUUUUAAAAAAAGUUAGCAUAGCCUUAAUUUCAGCCAUCUUUUUUAAUUGGUGCGACUUAAGGACUUGCAUUACUAAAAUUCAGGCUGGUAAAAAGCACUGCUCUGCUGAGGCGAUGGCAUACCGUCAAGGUAAUAAUGAACAUUUUCCCUUUCUAUUCCUUACAGAGAGGAACAACUGGAGGUAAUGAAAGGCAUACAAAAUUGCAGGAGUAUGGUCGGGAAGCUUUCGUCGGAGACAAAGUAAACAAAACUUAAUCAAAGUGAUGGCAUGCAAUUUAAGGAAAGUUACAAUAUUUUAGCUUUUAAUUCCCUUGCAGAGAGAGCCUGGCAAAGGUGGCACAGUAACAUAUAAACCACUUCAGGAGGUUGGCAGAGAACUGAUUCAAGGCAAAGUAAGUUGUGCAAUGAGAAAGCAUUCACUGAGGUGA